AUGGGGAGGGAGGACAGGUUCCCGGUCUGGGAGGCCGCGCUCGGCGCCGGGGUCGCCGCCGUCUUCGCCGCGGGCCUCGUCGGGGUCUACCUCUCCAUGCCGGACUCCGACUACAGCUUCCUCAAGUUGCCCCGCAACCUCCACGAACUCCAAAUCCUCACUGGCCAUCUUGAGAACUAUACCAGUGACUACACCGUACAGGUGUUGAUAGGUUACUGUGCUGUGUACAUUUUCAUGCAGACCUUCAUGAUCCCAGGGACAAUAUUCAUGUCAUUGCUUGCUGGUGCUCUGUUCGGGCAACUCCGGGGUGUGGCUCUGGUUGUCUUUGCUGCCUCUGCUGGUGCUUCUUCAUGCUUUUUCCUGUCGAAGAUGAUUGGAAAACCGCUGGUGUUCGUGCUGUGGCCAGACAAGCUCACAUUCUUCCAGAAGCAGGUCGCCAAAAGAAGAGAAAAGCUGUUGAAUUACAUGCUUUUCCUCAGGGUCACCCCAACAUUGCCAAAUACAUUCAUCAACUUGGCAUCGCCCAUUGUUGAUGUGCCCUUCCAUACCUUCUUAUUGGCAACUCUUAUCGGUCUCAUCCCAGCAGCCUACGUGACCGUGAGGGCUGGGAUUGCUCUUGGAGAGCUAACAUCGCUCAGCGACCUGUAUGACACCCAUUCCAGUGCUGGUACCAUCGAAGCAGCGAGAGACUAUUGCCUUGCCGAGUCAGUUAUAACUGUUUGCACUUCUUUCGCCUACUCCGCAUUGCACAGAGAAGACCAGGAAGUUUCAUAUGGUCUCAAUUGGGCUAUUGCUGCGAGAGGCGUCGUCGUAAAAGACAAGGUCUUCUAUAACUUGGAGCCAUCAGAGCUUCAGAAAAGUGGUACUACUUAUGCAGGAAAUGUCAUUGGUGGGUUCCCUGAUAUUUCAGGAGCUCAAUUUGCAAAGCUUCUGAAACAGGUGACCUUCCACCUUUCAUCCAUCUCAAGUCUUUAUGUCCAAGAUGGUGCCAUUGGUUCAUCUGCAGAAUGUGAUGCAAAGGUCCGUGUUAUUAGUGACAACCCCUCUGCCAUCAUGUCACUCUCCAAUAUCCUUCAGAAAAUACCAGAUCGUGUGAUUUCCCACGACACAUGCCCUUUGACUAUAUAUGUUGCCAGUUCCAUCAGUACCAACGUCAGGAAUGCUCUGGGUUCAGGGACACAAUAUGCUAAUGGAGUUGCAGUGGCAGACAUAGAACGCUCAUCACUUAUCCUAUGUGGUAAAGCAUUUGCUGAUUCCACUAUGCUAAAACAUGCACUUACUGCUUUGGCUGCCCCUAUACUGUCUGCAAGAGGAGGCCUCCCCGUCCCUGGCUGGCUUCUGUCUUGUGCUGGUUCUAUUGUACUGCUGUUUGCUCCAGUGGAGGUCAUCAAGUCCUGCUCCGAAAUUCAGGAUGUUCUUGUCUCCACUGAUAGCGGUGUAGUUAUCUCUUCAAAACAAUCUAGUGUGCUGUUCCCAACAAAGUCAAGAGCACCACAGUUGUUUACCAAACCAGCUACAGUGGUUGUUGUAUCAUCUGAUAGCACUGAUGCCCUGCCAUUGGUAUCAAAGCUCACUCCAGGUCAGGCAGCCUACCAUUUCUUAGCUGGCUAUGAGGAUGGUAAAUUUGUCCCAGCUUACAACAGGGCCCCCUCUCCUUUUGACCAGCUUGCCCUCGCAAAUUCCUUAUUUCUGCAUUAUGAACGUGAGAACGUCAAAUCUGAGAAAGUUGAGUCUCUACCCUUGCAGUUGAAAAACGACAAGACACCAACUUAUCUGAUCAAUGCCAAGAGCUCCGGAAAGCAAAUUGAUGGCAAGGACUUGAUGAGACUAAUCGAGCUGGCGCAAUCUAACGGCAUGCCAGACAGCAGCAAGCCUGAGGACACUAGAGUGGCUGAACUCAAGGGGAAGUACAGGGGCUUUAUAUCCGGCAAGUUCGGCAAAUUUUUACCCGAGGAGUUCUCAUUCUGA